CUCAGAGGAGAUCGAGAAAGAAACACGAUCAACUGCACCAGCAUACAAACGUUGCAACGAAAAAAGCUGGGACUAUUCGACCUUGACAGUAGAUUUUUAGCUUCAGAAGAAAAACUUUAGAAGUAGAAAUGAAAAUGAACCAGAUGGUAUUUGUAGUUUUGACCGUUGUCUUUGCCACCAUGACAGAGCUGAGUCUGGGAGCAAGUCUGGGAGGCCUUGGAGUGGAGCCUCGUUGUCGAUGCAUUGGGACGGAAAGCCGGCGAAUUGGGAAACUGAUAGAGAGUGUGGCGCUUUUCCCUCCCACUCCUCACUGUGAAGACACUGAGAUCAUUGCAACUCUGAAGAGCACCGGUCAGGAGAUCUGCUUGGACACCACAGCCCCAUGGGUGAAGAAGGUCAUUGAGAAGAUCCUAGCAAACAGAAGACGUUGAGUCUUGAGGAGGAUUGAAUAUUGCUAUUCCAGCCAAGCCACAUCAGCACACUGGAUGGCGUCAAUCAACAACUGAAGUGAUUUGAUGUGCAUCUGAACAAACUAGAUUUUUAAAUAUUAUGCCAGUACAAAGGCACAUUUCUAUUUAUUCUUGAAUAUUUAUUUAUUCUUUAUUCUUUAUUGUUAUAUUAAAUUAUGACACAUUAUUUAUUCUCACGUUUUUGUAUCUGCCUGUGUUGUAGCAGGCUUAUCCUGAGUUCUGAGAAUGCUUGAUCACCCUGAAGAAUCACCACGUUUUUUGUAACGUUUUUACUGUUUACACA